AUGACGUGCCUGUCUUCCGGAUUUAUUUCAUACAACGAAGAUCGUAGUGAGAUUUUCCUUGGAUUGGAUGAGUGUAAAUCGAAAUCUGAUGCGAAUGCCAAAUGUGAUUCGAGUCAUUACCUUCUUUUUGCAAAGAAAUCUAAAUGUGACUAUUACGUGACAUUCAGAAUUUGUGAAGGAAGUUUAAAGGAGUUGAGCAAACAUUUCAAGAAGAUGUUUCGUCAUCAUAUGUUUGCCAAAUCGGAUUUCAACUCAAAAGUGACUCUGGAGGUUAUCAAAUAUUUUUUGUUUGGAGAAAUCGACAAGGAUAUCCUCGACGAUCCCGAAAUGUUUCAAGCGGCGAGAGUGAAUCGAUUGAGCAUAUUGGCUUCCGUGUGUGCUCAUAAAAUAAUAUCACAGCUGACAGCGGACAACGUUUUCGAAGCAUUUAAUCUGUCACAAGAUCCCAAAUAUAUUUUCGAUCUUGAAUAUAAAUGCUUUGACAUAAUUAUUGACAACUUCGAUGAAUUGAAGGGAACACAAAAAUUUAAAAACUCCAUCAAGUUUCUGAUGGGGAAAAUGAAAAUGCUGACGUCAACAUCAGGAAGUUUGCAUAAUCAAAGUCUCAUAACUCUCGUAAAAAAUUUUGAAAAAAUUUAUGAUUGCGGCGAAUGGAACAUGCUAAACGAAAAUUACCGAAACAUCAUCAUAAAGAAGGCGAUGGUCAUGUAUCAGCAAUGCUCAAAAGAAGAAUCCAAUAUACUUAUGAGACAACGCAAAAACUUCCAAGCAGAAUCAAAAAUGAUGAUCAAUUAUUGUUCGGAAUGCACAAAAUGCUUUUAA